AUGGGUGCAGGUAUUGAUACCGGAUUUCGAGAAAUAAAUGAGAGCAAGUUGGUAUGUAGCGGAAUCGUUGAGCUCACGCGACUGAACGACAGCAGGGGAGCAGUAAGAUGCUGUUCCUGCCUUUGACGCUGCGGCUGAUUUUGCCUUAACAAUGCUUGCGCAUCUGCCGACGGUUUCUCCGGCUGCUCAGGACACUGA